AUGGAUCAAGGGAAAAUGGAAAGCGAACUUGGUUUCUUGGUUUCUGUGGUGAUCAUAUGUGCAGACAUUACAGCAACAGUCCUCGGGAUCGAAGCCGAGAUUGCUCAAAGCAAGGCACUUCAUCAUCAUCAUCAACAACAACAUUUAAGACAUUCGGAUUCUGGAUGUCGAAGAAACCCGAGCGCUGGAGCAUUUGCUGAGGGAGUAGCUGCAAUGGCGCUUCUGUUUAUAGUCCAUGUCCUAGCCAAUGUGCUUGGAGGCUGCACUUACAUUCGCUCUAAGCAAGAUUUUAACAGAGCAACGGCAAACAAGAUUCUCGCAGUGGCUUUCCUUGUUCUCUCCUGGAUCUUUUUUCUUGUCAGCUACACAGCACUGAUGCUAGGAACAUUGGCCAACUCGAAAUCAAACAGAUUCUGCAACUUGCCGCAUCAUUGGUUUUUCGUUAUUGGCGCCAUAUUUUGCCUAGGACAUGGACUGGUGACUUCAGCAUAUUAUGUUUCAGCCAUUGCUGCUAAGAAAGAAGACAAAGAGAAUAUACAAAAAGAAAAUCCAGCAAUCGUAAGCCGUGCAUAAUAUGUCCUCUUCCUCAACUCCUGCCUUUUCCACACAAAAUGUUUUGUGUAAAUAAACUUAUAUUGCUUCACUUAGCUAAGAAUUUCCUUCCAUUACAUUGAUAAAUCCGCAAUAUUUCAAAA